AUGGCUUCCAAUUUCUUGUGUUUGGGGCUGUUUUUACCGUUUCUCUUGCAACAGAGCUUUGCUGCCUUUAAUUAUGGAGAUGCACUUACAAAGUCCUUAUUGUAUUUUGAAGCUCAAAGGUCAGGAAAAUUGCCACCCAACCAAAGAGUGCAAUGGCGAGCCAAUUCGGCUCUUACGGACGGAGGCGAUGGCCACGUGAAUCUGGUAGGUGGUUACUAUGACGCCGGAGACAACGUGAAGUUCGGGUUCCCGAUGGCCUUCACUGUGACACUGCUUGCAUGGAGUGCGGUCGAGUUCGGGAACCAGCUAGCUGCGAAGAAUGAGCUGUCCCAUGCAUUGGACGCCGUCAAAUGGGGCACGGACUACUUGAUUGAUGCUCAUCCAGAGCCCGAUGUCUUGUAUGGUGAAGUUGGCGAUGGCAACUCCGAUCACAAUUGCUGGGAGAGGCCUGAGGACAUGACCACACCUAGGACAUCUUACAGGAUCGACAACACCAAACCGGGGGCCGACCUUGCCGGAGAAACUGCAGCUGCCAUGGCAGCAGCAUCCAUAGCAUUCCAAAAUUCCAACCCAACCUAUUCAGCCACACUUUUGAACCAUGCAAAGCAGCUGUUCGAUUUUGGCCGCAAUCAUCCCGGACUUUACCAGAACAGCAUACCGGUCGUAACAAAUUUCUACUCUAGCAGUGGUUUCGACGAUGAAUUGUUGUGGGCAGCUGCAUGGCUCCACCGGGCCACGAACGAUCAAGCUUACUUAGAUUACCUGGCUAAAGCCGGUGACAUUGGCGGCACCCGAUCGGAAUUCUCAUGGGAUGAUAAAUUUGUAGGAGCUCAGACACUGGUUGCGAAGCUGGUCUUGGAGGGGAAGGUAGGGAAGGAUGGAGUGUGGGCGCAGUACAAAAACAGCGCCGAGCAGUUCAUUUGCUCAUGCAUUCAGAAAGGGAGCAACAACGUUAGGAAAACGCCCGGCGGCCUACUUUAUUUUCUUCCAUGGAAUGAUCUCCAGUACACAACCUCCGCCCUUCUCCUCAUCACUGCAUAUUCUAAAUAUCUAACUGCGACCCGUUCCAGUCUCCAAUGCCAAGCCGGCCUAGUCCAGCCGGGGGAGCUAAUCACAUUCGCACAAUCACAGGUGGAUUAUAUUCUUGGCGCAAACCCGAGACAUAUUAGUUACAUGGUAGGGUUUGGGUCUGCUUAUCCAUUGCAAGUCCAUCACAGGGCCUCAUCGAUCGUGUCCAUAAAGAAGGACGGCACCCCUGUAUCGUGCCAAGAUGGUUUCAAAAUUUGGUUCAACAAAAAUGCGCCUAAUCCGAACGUGUUAGAUGGUGCGAUCGUCGGUGGUCCGGAUGCUAACGAUGCCUACAUCGACUUGAGGUCUAAUUUUCAACAGGCUGAGCCGGCCACAGUCACCACUGCACCCUUUGUUGGUGUACUAGCUGGGCUUGCCUGA